AUGGCAACUGACACGGGAGUCCUACCUGGGGCAAGGAAGCGCAACGUUGCACGGCCAGACAAAGCCGAUGAAGACAACUAUCUCGCUAAUUAUCCACCAGAAGUCAAUGUCCUCUUGAAGGAACAGCCACCUGAGAAGCACUAUUCCGCAUCCAACAACGCUUCAUCGGCUACUUUCCAGGACCAGGUGUGCCAGAAAAGUAAAGAGCAGGAAAAAGUCACCCAGCACUCUGGCGCCGAAGCUUUGGGCGGGAAAGAUCCUAAUACCUCCGAUCCCUUUGACGAGACCGCUGUGGUACCGGCCAUUGACGAGGGGGAUGAUGACCCUGAUAUGCCAACGGUCACAGUCAGGUCUUGUCUCGUCGGGCUAAUCAUGGCCGCAUUUGGUGCCGCUGUCUCGCAGAUUUUCAUGUACAAACCAGUGCAUCUACACCCCCAUCCAUUAUUCAUACAGUUGGCUUGUUUAAUCCUUGGCAGGGCAAUUGCUCAAAUACCUGGUCCCCGUUGGUGGAAUCCGGGUCCUUUGACGGUGAAAGAGACUGUAUUUGCUGCCAUUAUGGCGACCGCUGGUGCGGCUGGUACUCCCAGCGUAGAAAUGGUGGCGACUCUAGAUUUGUUUUUCGAUCGAAAAAUGCAUCCGUUGGUUGUCAUCAUGACUAUCAUGAGCAGUCAAUUAAUUGGCUACGGAUGGGCUGGGCUUCUUCGACCAUUCUUGAUUUAUCCCGCCAAGUCGAUAUUCCCGAGCGUAUUACCAUCUGUGGCGCUAUUUAAAUCUUUGUGCCAAUAUACCCCUGAUGUGGAGACGCAGGUAACGUUUUUCAAAAAAACGUUCAUCUGGACCACUUUGUACGAAGUUAUCCCUACCUAUAUUGCACCUGCGCUUCAAGCCAUCAGUCCUUGGUGCCUAACAUUACCUCAAGUGCCUGCCAUCACCAACAUCUUUGGUGGUUCGAUGGUCGCAGAAGGAAUGGGACUCUUCGCGUUCUCCGCAGAUUGGACGCUGAUUGGUUCCCAUGGUCCCCUGUUCAUUCCACUGAUUGCACAGAUCACAGAUUGGGCCUCAGUCGCCGUUGCAAUAUUCUUAAUGGGAGCUGCAUACAGAUUUAACUGGUUUGGAGGACCCCCUCUUCCUUUCAUCUCUUAUGAUAUAUUGGAUUCGCACGGCAAGCGGUACAACCUGACUACUACCAUUAACAGAAACGGGACAGAAAACAUUCAGGGAGUUGAGAAGCUGGGAUUGCCUUACUAUGCGAUAUCCUAUAUCGUUGGGAAAGUAGGAGUCUCUCUUGCUGUGAGUGCGGCUAUCACGAGUGCAUUUCUCUGGAACUGGGAAGAGACCAAGGCAGCUUUCAGAAAAGGGGAUAAUCAUGCGACCGAAGACCCCCACCGUACAAUCACCAAGAAAUAUCGCGAAUUCCCCGAAUGGGCUUUUGCGCUCCUGGCCUUACUGUUUGUGGGUUUGGCCUUCUUAUGCUCCUACCUUGGAGAAUCUGGGCUCUCCUUUGGCGAGCUCCUCACCGCAUUCUGCAUAUCUGCUGUGUUAAGUUUGGCCGCUGGAUUCUUUCUUGCAACAGUCGGAAUUGGUUUGCAUUGCCAUCCUGUUGUUCAGAUGCUUGGGUUAGGAAUUCGCCUUCACGUUUGA